AUGUCUCUCAAGGGGCAAGUCGCACUGAUAACCGGCGGGGCAAAGAACCUCGGUGCUCAAAUUGCUCUCGAACUUGCUCCCCUCGGUGCAAGCCUUGCGCUCCAUUACAACUCUGCGAAGACCAAAGAUGAUGCCGUGAAACUCGAGCAAACUUUCAAGCAAAAGUAUCCGGGCACCAAGGUGGUCUUUUAUGCUGCCGACUUGACCACUGCCACUGCGGUUGAUAAGCUGUUCCAGGAUGUAUCAAGAGACUUUGGCCGAAUCGACAUCGUGGUCAACACAGUUGGAAUGGUUUUGAAGAAGCCCAUCACUGAGAUAUCUGAAGCGGAGUAUGACAAGAUGUUUGCUAUUAACUCAAAAGCAGCCUUCUUCAUUCUGAAAGCUGGGGCUAUCCAUGUGAAGGAAGGCGGCAAAUUGAUUACCAUUGUGACUUCUCUGCUCGCAGCUUUCACCGGCUUCUACACUUCAUAUGCUGGAUCGAAGGCACCGGUUGAGCAUUUCACACGUGGUGUGUCAAAAGAGUUGAUGAGUAAGAGGGUCAGCGUCAAUGCUAUAGCACCAGGGCCCAUGGAUACCCCGUUCUUCUAUCCCCAGGAAUCACCAGAAGCGGUCGCCUUUCAUAAGAGCAGUGCACUGGACGGACGUUUGACAGAUGUGAAGGACAUAGCCCCUAUCGUCAAAUUCCUGUGCACAGAGGGUCAAUGGAUCACUGGCCAGACCAUUUUCGCCAAUGGAGGUUAUACGACACGUUGA